CCCCGCCCCCCGUGGCGGGGGAACGCCAGUACUCUAGGCCUUUCGGUUUGCGAGGGCGGGCCUGCUGCUGGGAGGGUGGGAGCUCUCGUGGCCGCUCACGAUGGAGGAACUAGAACAAGGCCUGUUGAUGCAGCCGUGGGCGUGGCUACAGCUUGCCGAGGACUCCCUCUUGGCCAAGGCUUAUAUCACUAAGCAGGGCUAUGCCUUGCUGGUUUCAGAUCUUCACCACGUGUGGCAUGAACAGGUGGACACUAGUGUGGUCAGCCAGCGAGCCAAGGAGCUGAACAAGCGUCUGACUGCACCCCCCGCGGCUUUUCUCUGUCAUUUGGCUGAUCUGCUUCGCCCGUUGUUGAAGGACACUGCUUGCCCUGGCAAAGCCACCUUCUCCUGUGAUCACGUGGCAGAGGCGCUGAUACUGCGGGUGCGGAGUGAGCUGUCUGGUCUUCCUUUCUAUUGGAAUUUCCACUGCAUCCUAGCUAGCCCUUCCCUGGUCUCCCAGCAUUUGAUUCGUCCUUUGAUGGGCAUGAGUCUGGCAUUGCAGUGCCAAGCGAGAGAGCUGGCAACAUUGCUUCAUUUGAAAGAUCUAGAGAUCCAGGACUACCAGGAGAGUGGGGCUGCACUGAGCCGAGAUCGGUUGAAGACAGAGCCAUUUGAAGAAAAUUCCUUCUUGGAACAAUUUAUGGUAGAGAAACUACCAGAGGCAUGCAGUGUUGGUGAUGGGAGACCCUUUGUCAUGAAUCUGCAGAGUCUGUAUUUGGCAGUCACCAGGCAAGAGGUCCAGGUGGGACAGAAGCAUCAAGGCACUGAAGAUCCUCAGACGUCAAGCAGCGCCUCCCCGCAAGGAACAGAUAGCCAACUUCUGAACCAGCCCGAAGAGCUGAUCUCCUCAGCACCAUCCCUCCCAGCGCCUGAGAAAGAGCCCACAGGUACUUCAGGCCCUGUGCAGAGACCUCAGCUGUCAAAGGUCAAGAGGAAGAAGCUAAGGGGGCUCUUCAGUUAACCUAUUGCUGUCUCAACUGCUGAGGAUGGACUUGGAGAAUGAUGUCACCUUGAAAGGAGCUCUGUGGCAGCAGUAUCUCUGACACAGUUAUAUAGUCAGAGGCCCCACUGAAAGAGCAAGACAACUGAGGUUCAUGUUGACAGGCACCUGGGUACCGUUAACCGAGGCAAUCUUGGCUCCAACCCAUCGGGCAUCGGCCUUCUCUAUCCAAGUGGAAGCCAGUCUCUGGAAUCCCAUAUUCUCCUCUUUUUUGAUGGAGGUUCUCUAGACACAGGACCCUACCAUGGACUUUAGGAAUACAAGGCAAGUCAGCAAAAAGGCACAACAUGCUUAGGAAGCCUUGUCUACCUCUCUCAAGAGUCCCUAGCCAUCCCAGGGGCUCCUCAGAGACCCACCUCUUUCUUUAGCAUGGAAUAAAAACCACUCACAUUCCCUUG